GUUUAGAAAAUCGUGUAGGGGAAAAACAUUAUUUGUUACAGGUGUCUUGUUCCAGAUUAAAAACAUAAACAUGACGUCUGUCGCAAGGGAUGAAAAAGAAAGGAAGAAAAAGCGACUGAUUAAAACAGAAACCUCAACCCCAGAGGUUAAAAAAUCUAAAGAAACUGUUGCUUUGUUUUAUGCUGAAGAAGCAGAAGUUGAUAAAAGAGACCCGGAAACAGAUUUAACUUUGUUUCAAGGUGCUUGUGGUGUUGUGAGAGAAGCUGUCAAUGAUAUACAAAAAAUGAAAACUCAUGGAAAAACUAAUAAAAGUGAACUAGAAGAAAAAAGAGCUGAUGCUGUAAUACAGUUUGUUACAUUAAAGAAGAUAAAUAGAUUGUCUCAUUUUAGAUGCCGUAAAGUUAGAGAUUCCACUAAUGAGGCCAAACAGAGAAUAGACAAGUACCAUCUUCAGUUACAGAAUUUGUUAUAUGAAGCUAUGCAUUUACAGAAAGAAAUUAAUAAAUGUUUGGAAUUCAAAUCUAAAGAUGAAGAAAUAGAUUUAGUACCUGUAGAAGAGUUUUAUAAGGAAGCUCCAAAACAAAUAUCAAAACCAGAAACAACUAAGAAAGAUGAACAUCAGUUGACACUCGCUAGAUUAGAUUGGGAGUUAGAACAAAGACAAAGAUUAUCAAAAAAACUGAAAGAAGUAUCUAGUAGUAAAGAUGAAAUAUUAAAAGAGAUUGAUACUAAACAAGAAUAUUUAGACAGUCUACAACCUAAGUUAAACUCUAUUUUACAAGCAACCAAGCCAGUGCAGACAUACCUAAAAAUGCCAUAUGAUGAAACUAAAGAACAACAUUCUACAGCAUUACAUUUACCACACCCAUUGUAUGUUUUAUACAUGCAGUCUUCAGCUUAUAAAGAUGCUUGUGAUAAGAAUUUGAAAGUAACAAUAGAUGGAGAUAUACAUUCAGCUAAAACUCUAGAUAUGUCAGUACAAGAAAUAGAAGAAGAUAGUGACAGUGAUAAUGAAGAACAUGAAAAGAAAACAAUAGCUGAAGAAAAAUUAUAUGAACAUUGGAAACAAAAUAAUCCAGAUUUAAGAAAAGUGGAAUCUGAACUACAACAAGAAGAUGUUAUCAAUAAAUGGUCAGAUCAGAUAGUUGAACAAGAGGAGAAAUUAUUAUCAGCACGACUAGAGGAAAAGGAAUUUGAAAGACUACAAGAAGAAAAAAGACAAGCAGCUUUAGAAGAAGAGAGAAAAAAAGAAAUGAAAAGACUACAAGAUCAGAAGAAAUUAAAACAAGUUUUAGAGGAUCAAAUGAGAGAGCUAAGACAGAGAGAAUCUGAGAGUGAAAGAAUUAAAAAUGAACAAGAAAGUUUAGAAUUAGAACAGUGGAAUUUAGAAAAGCUGGAAGAAAGUAGAAGAUUGAAGGAAGAACAGAGGAAAAAACAAGAUUUUGGACUAAAGAAAAUUGCUUUUGUAACAAAGAAGAAGGAAACAACAGAAGAUAGAUUAUCUGAUAAAAAACAGAGAGUUUUUCGUAAACAUCCUCUUACAGUUGCCAUGGAGAUAUUAUGUAAAGAAGGAAGUGAAUUAUUACUGACUUUCUCCUACAAUUUACAACUACACAUAACAGCACUUUUUAUUAUUAUUAUUACAGAAGGAAGUAAAUUAUUACUGACUUUCUCCUACCUUUUACAACUAGAGAUUAUAACAGUUCAUGUGAAAGUAUUACCUAGUCUAGAAAGUGUACACAGCUCUAUUUCUGGAUCAGAUUUGUUAUCACCAGAUUCUAUAUUGAAUGAGAUCUAUACUGGUGAUCAUGGUAACAAUACGCCGAAUCCUGCCAAUCAAUAUGAAUUACGUAGAAUGGGAUUACAUGAUUUUAGUGAGUAUGUAAACCAAGUAGGCAGACCAUAUCAAUGGACACAAUGGUUAGGUGGUUUACAGUUUCUAGGAGAUGGUAAUCCAGUCACUGUUAAAAGUACUGUCAGCUCUGGCUACAUGCAACAAACUGUCAAACAACUACGAAAGAGACUCAAGGCACGACUGGCGUUACUUCAUCAAAUGGCUUCACUCGAGAGAAAUACUAUACCAGUUAGUAGUAAUCUGAUUGAUAUGUUCCCAGCUAAAAUAUCCAGUCGCUUAAUAUCAUGGAAACGGUCAACAUAUGAAGAUUUCUGUAGUCUGGAUUAUACCAGGAAUAUAAUUGAAGGAAGUUUAGUAUCAGAAACUGAUAUCUAUUUUGUUGCUACUAUGGAAAGAGGGUCUGCCAAGUUAAUAAGUCAGGUUGUUGUAGCAGCUGAUUAUCCUACAGUACCACCAAUGUUUGUUGUUAGUAUUUCAUGGCAAACAGACAGAAAUGCUACCACUGAUGUCCACAUACAGGAAUUGGAAGAAGAAGUAAAUGUUCAUUAUACAGAAUUAAUUAAAGAUAAAAGUAAAGAUAAUUUAUUAUCCAAUCAAUUACAAAGAUUAUUGAUGUGUUUUGAUAUCUAUCUUGAAACUGAAACUCAAGAUUUAUCAGCUCCUAUUGAAAUACCUAAAGAGAAAGUGUUCACCAGAUUAGCCAGGGGACCAAAUAGGAAGAAACCAUACAAAUAUAUUCCAGAUUUAGGUAUCUUUACUCAUCGAUAAAAUCCUCAUUCUUUCCAUUAGUAGUUUAUAUUGCUUGAAAUAAAAUUUUCUAAUAAAAUUUAGAAUUGAAAAAUGUAAUGUUUUGUAUUUUGAAGACCAUGGGACAAAUACAUUGAAACCUUCAAU